UGUCAGCUCAGGCACACUGCUUUGGAUGGCAGCACAGCCACCCAAAGCAGUGUGCUUACAGUGAAGCACACAGACACCCCGCACACAGUUAACCCUUUGAUCGCCCCACAUGUUAACCCAUUCCUGCCCAGUGCCAUUAGUACAGUGUCAGUGCUUUUUUUUUUUAGCAUUGAUCACUGUAUUGGUGUCCCUGGGGAUGUCAGUGACACCAAGUCAGUUCCCCCCAGUGUCAGAAUGUCCGCCGCAGACCCACUAUAAGUCGCUGAUAGUCGCCAUUACUAGUAAAAAAGAAAAAAAAAUAUCUCAGUAUCUAUACCACCAUUUUUAAACGCUAUAACUUUCACGUAAACCAAUUAAUUUA